UUUUCCGUUUACCCCAAACGCCACACCCCUUACUAGGGGGGGUUAACCCUGUGGCGUCGCCAGGAGAAGAGGGGGAGGGGAGGAGAUGAGAGAGAGUGACAGUGACAAAGUGAAACAUUUGUUGGGAUUCGGAGUAAGGAUAGCAGGACAGCGCCCAUGCUGAAAUAGGGUAGGCCUACCUUUUUUUUCUCACAUCGAAACAUCGGACUCUCGUGCUCUGGUCGGAAUAGCGGCGCAUGAAACAUCGGAUCCUAUGGACAUGUACGUAUCAACAGCAACUUGAUGUGUCCUAGGAUCUGUGGUAGCCACCCCGCCGUGCUAAGUCCUCCCAGCAUGCAGUAGGGGCGGUCCACCUUAACUCCACAGUUCACGGCAUCGCCCUCUAAAGGAGCCAGGAUGUUUACAGGUUCUACCAAGAACCCAACCCCUAAAAUACCUCAGCCUGAGAGGCUGGACGAGGUGUACUCCGCACUGAGGAGAGGCCUACAGUCAUUCCUGCAGGUCCACCAGCUGGAGCUGGGCAGCCUGGGGCAGCAGAUCAGAGAGAGCAAGAGAAAUGGCCGUCUGGGGUCUCUGUAUGAGUUGGAUAAGCAAGUGAAGGCUAUAGAGAGAUUUAUGCGUCGCUUGGAGUUCCACCUCAGCAAGGUAGAGGAGCUGUACGAUGCUUACUGUAUGCAGCGGCGGCUGCGGGAUGGGGCCAGCAAGAUGGUGGCAGCCUUUAACUCUGCCACAGGGAGCAAGGAGGCACGGGAGAGCCUGAAUGAGGCCAACAGGGGCUACAGGGAGUACACUGAGCACAUGUGUUCGCUGGAGAGUGAACUGGAGAACCAGAUGGGAGAGUUUCACAUCAAGAUGAAAGGUCUGAUUGGCUAUGCACGGUUGUGUGCAGGAGACCAAUAUGAGGUCCUGAUGCGUUACGGGCGUCAGCGCUGGAGGAUGAAAGGUCGUGUGGAGGUCAGCAGUAAACAGGUGUGGGACAGUGAGGACAACGUCUUCCUGCCUCUCAUCACAGAGCUCCUGUCAAUCAAGGUGACUGAGCUGAAGAGCUUGGCCAAUCACGUGGUGGUUGGCAGCGUGUCUUGUGAGACACUAGACCUGUUCUGUCCACUGCCUCAGACGGUUGCUGUGGAUAUCAACGACUUGGGGACAGUAAAACUGAACCUAGAGGUCAACUGGAGUCCGUUUGAUAAAGAUGACCAGACCUCGUCCUCCAGUACGGUUUCCAAGCGCUUUUUGUCCAAUCAGAGCCCUCCAGACACACCUUCCAUGCGCGAGCAGGUGUUUUAUUCUCUAUUGAGGAGACCAGGGGAGCUGGAGAAUGGUACAGUCUGGUCAAACUCCUCUGAAUCAUCAGACGACUCUUCCAGCCCAGCCAUGGGACACACACACAGGAUGAUGGCCACUCACAGCCUGCAGACCACACCCACUAUCCAGAUCUCCUUCAACCCCCGCCAAUCAAGCGUCUCUACCCCAUCCCUCUUGUCCAAUCAGGAGGAAGGGGAGCCAGACGCCACCAAGGGAUUUGGCAAAACAGACUCUGUGAAGUGUACACUGCUGAAUGGCCAUUUGAAGUGUUCUCAAUCUCUCACCCAUAUCAGUGAGAGAGCCAUAGACUGUGCUUCGACUAACAGGUUGUCUGACCAAUCAGUUGAGUCCUCUGAAACGCCAGAAACCCUACCCCGCUUAGACCUUGAAGUCUCCUGUGUGGCUUCUCACUGCUCUAACCAGGACAUGCAUGAAGCCUUGGACUUGCCUGGAUCUGGGGGCCCAGAGUCAUGUGUUUCAACCCCAGUGGAUCACUGUGAUGCUCCUCCAGCCUCAACACUGCAGGCCGAGAAGCCUAUGGCUGGAGUUGAGCCUCUUCCCACAGACCGUGUACUGGGAGAGGGACUGAGGGAGGAAAAGUCCUCCGCGGAACACAAUCACAGACUCCAAUCAACCCAGCCACAAGCGCUAACACUACCAGAAGAGACAGUGACUGGUCAAUCUCACAUUCGGUCCUUCAGCUUCACUCAGGAAGUUGAGACUGCCCUGGAGAGCUUUGAUUUUCUCAACUACUCUGACCUUGACGAUGAAGAAGAGGACGAGAAAGAACAAGCAGAAGAGGAAGAAGCUGAACAGAAGAGGGAUGAGAAGGAGAAGGAACAAGAGAAGGAAGACGAGACAAGGGACUCUGCUGAGAGGUCAGCAUUCCCUUCUAUUAUGUAUCAGGCUCUAACUGAACUCAUCCUGCCAUCUAGUGUUUGGAAAGUGGAAUGCAGUGAUGAGUGUGAGGACGAUGUUAUAGAAAUCAUUGUCGAGGCCCCUGAAGGCUUCCGGAAUGAGGACUGUCCUCUAGAUGCAGACUGCAGCUCUGAGGAGGAGGAGAGAAGCGAGCAGCUGCAGGCCUCCAGUGAGACAGAGGAAGAGGAAGAAAAAGAGAAGGAGAAAGUGGAAGACAAGAAGGAGGAGGAGCAGGUUACAGAGAUGGACAUCCCUGCCACACAGGAGCAUGGUGAUGAGGCAUCCUGUGUUGAGGAACCCCGCUCCUCAACCCACAGCAGUAUAGCCACCACUGUCCUUUAACAUAAUGGAGAUGCCACUUCUUCAGACCAUUAUCAGAUGCCAUCCUAAUCCCACCACUCUCUUAAGAGAUCCUUACCAUUUCACCACGAACAGAUCAAAGAGCUCCGCUCUUCUUCUUGAUCAGACAAGCGAUUUCUGCCAUGGAGGUGGAGAUUGCGCAAAUGAACAGAAAUAUAUUUGCCUCCCUCACUCCACUUGUGAUUGAAAACAUGAAUGACUGUUGUUGUCCACUCAUCCAAAGGCCACGUGUACACACACAGUCACCUUACAGUGAAGAUAGACAUUUUUAGUCUAAUGGAGCCUCUUCAAUCAGAAAGUGCCUCGAGUUACAGAAAGAUUGUCAGUUAACGAAUACAUGAAGAAAAUGAUAUUUUAUUACAAACCAGAGAAGAAUAUGAAUGAGUAUAAAGAAGAGUUUUGAUACAUUGUUUAUUUUCAGGAUGACUUACAGAUUGUGCACUAUAAAAGAUACAAUUAUUUACUGUUUCAUAUAAAUAAAUAAUGUUGAGCAAA